UGACGUAUUAUCCUAAAAUAAAUUAAACUCUAGGUUUGACAUGGUGGAAAUUCUUGGAAAACGAAACAGAAAAGUUCCCGUGUUGCUGACACCUGAUGUAAAAGCUGCCAUACUUGUCUUGAACAGGACAAGGGAAGAUGGGAAUGUGAACGAAGAAAAUCCCUAUGUUUUCGCAGUGAAUGACGGAAGUUCAAAACAGUUUUUACGAGGGAACGAUGUUAUACGUCAGGCAUGUAAAAUGGUUGAUCUUAAAAAUCCCGACGUGAUUACUUCAACCAACCUCCGAAAGUAUGUGGCAACUGUGUCGCAGCUCGUUGACAUGGAUCAAAAUGAAUUGGGAUGGCUGGCAACUCAUCUUGGUCACGACGUGCACAUCCAUAAAGAGUUCUACAGGAUGCAAGAAAGCACACUUGAGAUGGCAGUAGUUGGUAACCUCUUAAUGGCCAUCGAUGAAGGGAGGGCACACGAAUUUAAAGGGAAAAACCUGCGGGACAUUACACUUCAAGACUUUCACAAUACUCAGAGUGAAGAGGAUGCCGAGUCUGAGUUAGAUAAAGAAAACCGAUUCCCCCAGAGCAACAUAACAUCGCCAUCGCUAACUUCUGCUGGCAAAAGGACAACGACCAAAAAGGGAACGAACAAGUCCACUGAAAAGUCUAAAAAACAUUGUAACAAGAAAAGGGGAACCCUCGAGGCAGGUCAGCAACGAAAGAUGGUGGCGAAGAAAACGUGGACAACGCCAGAAAGAAAGCGUUGA